UCCCUCUCUCCCUCUUCUACGCAAACCCAAACCCAACCCCUCUCGCCCUAUCUCCCUCGCGUCUCUCCAACCUCUUCCUCUCUAGGGUUUUGAAACGCGAUCGUGCGGCGGAGCCAUGGCUGAGCUCUGGGACCCCGCGAUCAAGCUCUUCGGCCGCACCAUAGCCGCGGUGCCGCCGCCGCCUAUGCCAACUCCGGCGGCGGCGGCGGCAUCCGACCAGGUGGAGCCGCCGGAGGAGUCGCCGGAAGGUGAGAAGAUGAUGAUGUUUCACACAAGAGUGUUGUUGGGAGGCAUUGAAGUUUACGAUCGGUACCACGAUUGGCGCCUUGAUGUUGAUAAUAUGUCAUAUGAGGAAUUACUUGAGCUAGGAGAUAAGAUUGGAUGUGUGAGCACCGGAUUGAGAGAAGAGGAGAAUGAAUUGGAAGGAAAAGCAGAGGUUUUAUUGGAUUCGAACACUCUUAGCAAGGAUGGGACGGGGGCUCUCACCAUGCUUGCAGUCAGACAGGAUGGAAAGUAUUUGGCGUAUGGGCUUACUGAGAAUGGGAGUAAUUGGGUCACGAUUAAGGUUAUGUCUAUCGAGGAUAAGCAAUGCCAACCCGACACCUUAUCAUGGAAAGAUACAACUGGCAGAGUACCUAGACUUGUUGAGAUGUUCGAACUAACACAAAAAAAAAUGGAUCAUUUAUAAGUGACGAUGCGAAAAAAUUAAUGGAUCCUGAGUCUUCGGGCACUUGCUAUACGUCAGCAUCAUCAAAUUCUUUUAGUGAUAUUUGAUCAUUUCUUUUGUAUUUGGACCAACUAUGCCCUUUAGUAUCAUUUUAUAUUUUGAGUUACUGUGUCAUUUCUAAAAAAAACUGUUUUUGGAUAUUAUAGUUUUUUAUCAUUUUAUUGAUGUUGAGGAUGUGAGGAACAAUUAGUAUUUUGGUUUCAUUUGAUACUCUUGGCUUAUAUAUGAAUGAAAUAACUUUUUUGCUA